GGCGCGGCGCUCGGACCGCAGCUUGGCGCUGGGCGGCCGCACGCGGGCCUUGCAGGCCUACCAGGAUGGAGGGGCAUGCUGAAAUGGAGAUGCUGAGGACACUGAAGGGGCCCUCCACAGGGGAGGUCAGCGUUCACCUUGUGGCCAGAGACAGCCCAGGUUCCGGUUCUCACCUGCCGGCUACUGCCUUCAUCAUUCCAGCCAGCUCGACCACCCUUGGCCUGCCCAGCAGUGCCUUGGAUGUGUCCUGCUUUCCGCGGGAACCGAUCCGUAUGGGCGCCCCGGAGCGAGUGGCUGCCAGCGUACCUAUCACGGCCACCGUUCUGCCGCAGUUAAGCGCGGGGCCAACGGCCAGCUCCAGCACCAGCACAGUGAGGCUCCUAGAGUGGACCGAGGCCGCGGCCCCGCCUUCUGGGAGUGGCGUGCGGUUCCGGAUAAGCGAGUACGCGCCGCCGAACAUGGUGGGAGCGGAGCAGCCCCCGAGCCCCGAACUGCGGCAGGAAGGCGUGGCUGAGUGCGAAGAUGGCGAGGCCCCUGCGGGAGGUGACGAUGCGGGGUCCCAACAGCCGGCGGACCUCCCUCAGAACCCUCCAGAAGAUCCCCCUCAGGACCCACCAGAGGAUGAUGGCACCUGCCAAUGCCAGGCGUGUGGGCCUCAGCAAGGCGCUGGUCCAGAUCCUGGUUCCUCCAGUGAUGGCUGUCCCCAGCUGUUCCAGGAGCGGUCAGUCAUAGUGGAGAACUCAGGCCAGAGCAACUCCUGCACCAAUGCUUCUGAGCUCCUGAAACCAAUGAAGAAGAGGAAGCGCAAGGAAUAUCAGAGCCCAUCCGAGGAGGAGUCGGAACCAGAGGCCAUGGAGAAGCAAGAAGAAGAAAAAGAUCCAGAGGGACAACCCACCGCUAGCACCCCAGAAAGUGAGGAGUGGAACAGCAGCCAGCCUGCCCCCAGGGAGAAGAAGGAAGGCUGGUCGUGGGACUCCUACCUUGAGGAGCAGAAGGCCGUCACUGCCCCUGUCAGCCUCUUCAAGGAUUAUCAGGCGGUCACUCAUAACAAGAAUGGCUUCAGACUGGGCAUGAAGUUGGAAGGCAUCGACCCUCAGCAUCCGUCCAUGUACUUCAUCCUCACCGUGGCUGAGGUGUGUGGCUACCGCCUGCGUCUGCACUUUGAUGGGUAUUCUGAGUGCCACGACUUCUGGAUCAAUGCCAACUCUCCUGACAUUCAUCCCGCUGGCUGGUUCGAGAAGACAGGGCACAAGCUGCAGCCUCCCAAAGGUUACAAGGAGGAGGAGUUCAGCUGGAGCCAGUACCUGCGCAGCACAAGAGCUCAGGCUGCCCCCAAGCACCUGUUUGUGAGCCAGAGCCACAGUCCCCCACCCCUGGGCUUCCAGGUGGGCAUGAAGCUGGAGGCUGUGGACCGCAUGAACCCAUCCCUCAUCUGUGUGGCCAGUGUGACCGACGUGGUGGACGGCCGCUUCCUGGUGCACUUUGACAACUGGGACGACACUUAUGACUACUGGUGUGAUCCCAGCAGCCCCUACAUCCACCCGGUGGGCUGGUGCCAGAAGCAAGGAAAGCCCCUCACCCCUCCACAAGACUACCCAGACCCUGAUAGCUUCUGUUGGGAGAAAUAUCUGGAAGAAACCGGGGCCUCUGCUGUGCCCAGCUGGGCCUUCAAGGUGAGACCCCCGCACGGCUUCCUGGUCAACAUGAAGCUGGAGGCUGUGGACCGCAGGAACCCAGCUUUAAUUCGAGUGGCCAGUGUGGAGGAUGUGGAGGACCAUCGGAUAAAGCUCCAUCUGGAUGGCUGGAAUCAUGCCUAUGACUUCUGGAUUGACGCUGACCACCCCGACAUCCACCCUGCGGGCUGGUGCUCCAAGACAGGGCAUCCCCUGCAGCCUCCUCUCCGACCCAGGGAACCCAGCUCUGCCUCCCCUGGGGGCUGUCCCCUUCUCAGCUAUCGGAGCCUGCCGCACACUAGGACUUCCAAGUACAGCUUUCACCACCGGAAGUGCCCCACUCCUGGUUGUGACGGCUCUGGCCACGUCACAGGCAAGUUCACAGCUCACCAUUGCCUCUCAGGCUGCCCCCUGGCCGAGAGGAACCAGAGCCGGCUGAAGGCAGAGCUUUCGGACACGGAGGCCUCGGCCCGUAAGAGGAACCUCUCCAGCUUCUCCCUAAGGAAGAAGCCGCGCCAUCACGGCCAGUGCGGAGGGCAGGGGUGCAGGGCCUCGUGUCCUCUUGGGCCGGGCCAGGCACAGACUGCCUGCGACGGAUCUGGUCCCUCUCUCUCCAGGAUUGGACGCCCUUCAAAGUAUCAGGAGAUCCCGAAGGAAGAUUUCCCAACACUGACCGCCGACGUCAUGCACCAGUCCCUGUUCAUGUCGGCCCUGUCGGCCCACCCUGACCGAUCACUGUCAGUAUGCUGGGAGCAGCACUGCAAGCUGCUGCCGGGAGUGGCGGGCAUCUCAGCCUCAACAGUCGCCAAGUGGACCAUCGAUGAGGUCUUCAGCUUCGUUCAGACCCUGACAGGUUGUGAGGACCAAGCACGGCUCUUCAAAGAUGAGAUGAUUGACGGCGAGGCCUUCCUUUUGCUGACACAGGCUGACAUUGUGAAGAUCAUGAGCGUCAAGCUGGGCCCCGCCUUGAAGAUCUAUAACGCCAUUCUCAUGUUCAAAAACGCGGAUGACUCCUUAAAGUGACUGGCUCAGGGCUGGCCCUCCCUCUGCAGCUGAUGCCUCCUUCCCGCCUUGAGUCCCUCAUACCCCAUCUGUGCCCCACUGCCCUCGGUACCUUACCAGGGGUGGUCCCUCUCUCCGGGGCUGCCUCCUACAAGGUGCAAGAGAGCACAGGAACCCUGGGGAGAAUGGAGUCCUAGCCCCCCCUCAAGUCCUGGAGAUCAUCUGCCACCAGGCACACCGGUGAGGCUGUGACCAGGCAAGGGGAGUGUUACUGACGGAGCAGGUUGGAGGUGCCCCACCUAUGGCCGCCCCACAUCUCCAGCCGACUUGUUUCAUCCCCAAGGGUCGUUCUCUCAGCAGUUAAGUCUAGCAGAACGGGAGUCCUCCAAUCUGAGGCCCUUUUCUCCUCGACAUCUCUCUAUGCUUUUCUUGCCUUGUCUCCUUUCCUCCUACCAGGAAGCGACCCUGCCCCAUAUGUAUUUACUCAAAAACACCUCCCUGCUUUCUGUCUGCUGAUUUUGCUCCCCUUAUUCUGUUGCCUGGUUCUCCAGGCAGUGCCCCCAGCCACAGCCCGGCCAGACCCUACCGGCUCUUCCCUCCUCGUUGGGUGGGUGAGCCCCAGAGACAUAUCUUCAUAGGGUCGAUUGGGAAGGUAUGUCUGCCUUUCUCCCUUUUGGCCAGAAGUGGAGGAUUCGGAGCCAGGAUGCCUUCUUUAACAUGCCCAGUUCUGGGCCACGUGGCAUUUCAGUGUUCCAUGCCCAGUCCUGUUUCCAGCAGAGCAGGUGGUUAGAGCCUGUUUAAUGUCUGUAGCAGAGGUUAAGUUUCCACGGAUGUUCCCCAUGCACCCCUCCUGUGUCAAGUGUGGAGAGAAGGCAGCCUGGCCGGCUAGGUAGCCAGCACCAGGGUACAUCAGAUAAUCUCAGGCCUUUGCCCAGUGGGGCAGCUCCGGCAGGCAUGGUGGCCCUCAAAACUGCACGUAGCAUCCUUCUCUGCAGCCACGGGGCUCAGCUGAGGUGUUGCCCUGGGGGUCAGGGCCCCAUGCCUGCCAGGCCUUCUGCCCUAGGAAUGUAGCAGUCUGCCUAGCACACCCCCCCACAAAACAUCAUAUUCAAUCUGUCCCUUGAAUGUCUUGGGGAGUGUUACAAAGACCCCUUGAAGUUGGGAGCUGGGAAGGUGAAUUCUUCUGUCCUUGAAUUCUCUGUGUCCCUUAUGCCUUUCCAUCUGUUUUGCACUGCCAGCUGGGUGCCUGUCGGGGCUCUGGGACUUUGACCUUUCUGUCCAAGCAGGGGCCUAGCCUCCGGUGAGCCACUGCCAAACCUGGUGGGGGCAGAGGCCCCAGCAAGAGCUGGCCUCACACACUGAGGCGAGGAGUCACCACCAAGCUCCCGUGGCCGCAGGUGCUGAGAUGGGCCUGCAGGAUAUGCAGCUGGGCCUUCCCCAGACACCUUCUCUCCAUCACCUGAUAUGUGUGUGUGUGUGUGUGUGCGCGCACGCGCGCGCUCAGGGCAGGCACUCUCAGGAGUG